GAGUAUAGCGCGGGCUUGUUUGGUUUCCACUUCGGCUACAUACUUUAUUUUCUUUACUCUUUUAAAGGAGUUUUACCGUAAAUAAACAACGGACAGGUUCGCGAGUCUAUGGCGUCACUAUAAAAGUCAACUUGGGCAACGGAAAUAACGUCACGAUUCGCGUAGGGGAUUCAAAUCUGUGUCACAGGCGUACACACUGAAGAAAGGUUAGUGAUGAAUCAGUGGGAAGUGUCUCCAUUCUUCGUGUCUCCAGCUGCCAGCGUUUUGUCGAGAUGUGUCUCCAGAGGAGCCAUGUCCCAGGAGGACAUAGACGCUGUCUCGUCCAGACCAGGUCCCGCCUUCUCCUCUGUGCUGCAGGAAGCUGAAGCACAGCUCAAAGCACAGAGGCGUCUGGAUCAGCUGCAGUUAGAGCUGGAGCUGCUGAAGCUGGAGAAGCAGAGUGCAGAUGUAACACACGUACUACCCCUCAGUGGACGCUUCCAGGUUUUGCAGACGUUCUGUGAUCAUCUACAGCAGUUACUGAAGGAGCAGAACAGUCUGAGACAGAGGCUGAUGAAACCACUGGGACAAACCAACCUACCCAUACACGCUCACCUGCACAGGUCUGUGGUUGAGGUCUUGGACAUGCUGCUGGACUUCAUUGAGACUCUGGAGAAGAAACUGGACAGUGUCCAGAACUGCAGCAGAGCCAGAGAACAGCUGAGUCAAAUGUACACCUCGCUUGCCCAGCUGUUGGCUCAAGCAGCAGAGGUCCAGACUCUGUCCAAUCAGGUUCUUGGUUGGCAGGAAAAGGGCAGGAGCCUCCAGCAAUAACACUGACUUUUCAUCUUACCUUGUUUCUUUUAAUAAAGUUAUUUUUAUUUGGUCCAA